CAAUCCGCCCGGUUUUCACGUCCACCAACGAGAGCGGCAUCUCGAACGCAUUUAAAAUCCCUGGAGAUUUCCACCGGCUUCGAACGAAUUUUAAAUUUUGUGAAACCAGAGCUGCAAAUUACCGCUGUGGAUCAUGUCACGGGUUUAACGGGAAAUUUCAUCUCCAAUUAUUCUCGAGUUCGUCUCAAUUUGGCAAAUUGAACUGACGCGUCGGGAGUGGAAUCACUUGUUCUCCUAAUUUCUCGCGCCAAGGUGCCCAGAAAUAAAAUAAUCGAGUGGAUGUCACGAAUAGACAGGGAGAAAUGUCCGAUCUCACGAGGUCGAGCGCGACGAAAGUGAAAAUCCCGCCGCCCCUCAAUCUUCAUCCAGAAAAUCAAGACGACGAUACGUUUAACCCGAAGACUGCUCGAAUAUUGAAGAACGAUCUAUUGUUGCACGAGGCUGUCAUCAAAAACGAGCCAGAGACAGUGAGAAAAGUUCUCCAAGAAACAGUAGCAGUCGAUUCCCGUAACAACUAUGGAAGAGCACCGAUCCAUUGGGCGGCCUCCAGGGGUAACACUGAGAUCAUUGAAAUGCUCAUCCAGGCGAAAUGUAAUAUCGAGGCGAGAGAUAAGUUCGAGAUGCGGCCACUCCAUAUGGCAGCCUGGUAUGGACAUCUAGAGGCUGUCAGGAUGCUCAUCGACGCGGGCGCAAGUGUCACAGCUGUCAAUAAAAAAAAAUUUACGCUUUUGAUGUGCGCAUCCCGUGGGAACAACCCCGGUGUAAUUGAAUAUUUAACUGAAGCCGUGAAGACCCUGGAUGUACCUGCCAUCGACUGCACAGGUGCAGCUGCUCUGCAUCAUGCCGCUGUUUCAGGGAAUCCAGGUGUCAUCGCAGCACUCGCAAAAAUACCGGAAAUUAAACUGGACGUUACCGAUAAAAAACAACAAACACCAUUGCACUAUUCCUGCGCUGAGGGCCACGGCGAGGGAGUAGAAAUUCUCAUCAAACUCGGUGCAAACUUAAACAGUCAGGACAAGGACGGAAACACUCCACUUCAUGUAGCAACGGGAAUGCGUUACACGGGAAUAGCCCAGACUCUAUUAAAAUCCAAUGCUAACGUUGAGAUAGGUGAUGACACUGGGCUAACAGCUCUACAUGUUGCUGCGAGUCAGGGCUGCAAGGGUAUAUUGGAGCUCAUCCUCCAGCACAGCAGCAUCACCAAUAAACAGUGCAAUGCUGGGAACACCCCCCUGCACCUCGCAUGCCAGAAUAAUCAAGUGGACACGGUGGAAAUACUGAUAAAACAUGGGGCUGAUCUGAAUUCCCUCAACUCGAAACUCCAAACUCCGAUACACAUUGCAGCUGAAAUGGGUCACACGGAUGUCUGCAAACUCCUGCUUGCUGCCGGAGUUAACAUCGAACAGAGGGAAAAAAGUGGAAAAACACCUUUGUAUAUCGCUGCCGGAGGUAGUUUCACUGCGAUUGUAGAUAUGAUUAUCAAAACAGCGAGAUUGGAAUAUUUGGAGGAUCAGGGCACGGAGAAGAACAGGGAUGUGAUCCCCGUGAGUAGGCGAUGGCGAGAGGAAGCGAGAAGAAGUACUGUAUCUGGUGUGUACAGUGGGGGAAUUACCGAUCAUGUGCGCAAUAUUCUCCGGAGACUGGCUUACAAGCAACUCGGUGCUGGGGACUGGAGGAAACUCGCACUCCACUGGGCAUUUACCCAUGAUCACAUACACGCCAUUGAGCAACAGUACACUGGGUCUUCGAGCUACAAAGAGCACGGCUAUAGGAUGCUCAUGAUAUGGGCCUCUGGACUCAGCCCUGAGCUCCAUUUAAGCAAGGAAUUGCACGAAGCACUUUUGGCUAUCGAUAAAAAAAAUGUCGCUGAUAAAGUUCAAAAACAUCUGGAUCAAGAGGAUGACGACAAAAGCAAUAAACAACGUUGCCACAGGUGCACAGUCACGUGAAUCCCUCCAUCGAGACUGAACAAAUAUAAACAAUUUUUUUACUGUUUAGAAAUAACGCUGAUACAACCUAUGGAGAAAACAAACGCUUAUAGCAAGAGUCAUGAAAGUGAAUAAUGUACAUAUCUGGUAAAUGUGAUAACUCGAAUAAACGUAUUUAAUUUGAGGGAUAACUCAAUGUAACACUAAUAACUGAAUGUUAUUAAAAAUGUAAAGAUUUAUUAAUCCGUUGUAAUUCUCUCCUCCAAUUCUAUCAAAUAGAUAACCGACGCUUUCAUCUCGUGUAACAAAAAUAUGGAUAAUUGUUCAAUUGUAUUUAUACCCGGUUGUCCUCGUCAUCACACGGGACGAGAUUAAUUUUAGAAAAAUGACGAGUGCAAUUGAAUUCUCUUACGUCGUACCUAGCAUUUACUACGUACGAUCGAUUAACCCCUGGUCCGAUUUAAUGUCGUAUCCAACGACAUUCAAAAUGAAAAUUAAUAUAUUAUUUAUGAUAUUCGCAAUGCUACAGAGUCCAUGAGAAUCCAAAACUCCAGCGAACGUGAAAAAAUUAAACUUCUUCAAAAUAAAACCCAACAAAAAUAUCGAAUUCAAUAGCGAGGAUUUAAAGGGAACACAUCGAUUUAUUCCCAAAUCCAAUUUUUCAGGAAUAUCUCAAAAUCUAACAGAGAUAGCGAAAAUCUUCUCGAAGCCUUUUCUGCGGAGUAAAAUGAGGACUUGGAAAAAGGUCCUGACAACAAUCUCGCUAUCUCCCUGCAAUUCAAUGAUAUCCCUCAAAAACUUCAUGAUGUAAAUCGACUUAUUACAAUUUCCCUCUUCGCUUUUGAAUUAACACCUCCAACGCUCCCCAAUUAAUUGUCUUCUUUCUUCAUGGAAGAACCGAUGGAGAAAUGAAAUAUUAAAAAAAUGUAGGAGCUAGUGGAAGCGAUCACCGGGACAACGGCCCUUGCGUUGAAUAAUACCU